AUGUUCGCAAGAGCAGGAAUGUCCUUACAUAAAUGGACUUCAAACUCACAGGAACUUUUAAAUAGUUUUCCAACUUCUAAUCCUGAAAACACUUUUCUCAUAGAUGAGCAGGUCUCAAAGGCUCUAGGCAUGCAUUGGAAGCCUUUCGAGGAUUUAUUCAUAUUCACAGUCAAGUAUGAAAAUGAAUCUAUGCUCACGAAACUAACAGUUCUCUCAGUCAUUGCCAGACUCUACGACCCCUUGGGUCUGCUGGGACCAGUUAUCUCUAAAAUGAAGAUUUUUCUCCAAAAAUUGUGGUUGCAAAAACUUACAUUUGACGACCCCCUUCCUCCAGCCAUUGACGCCAGUGAAGCCGCAUAUGGAGCAGUUAUUUAUCUACAAUGCAUCAGUGCCAAUGAUAUAGUCACAUCUAGACUUGUAUGCAGCAAAUCUCGAGUCUCCCCAUUAAAGACUGUCUCCAUUCCCAGAUUGGAACUUUGUGGAUGUCUUCUCGCCGCUCAACUAAAGGCCAAGGUUGAAAAAGCUUUACAUCUACAAAUUGAUAGCACAGUGCUGUACACAGAUUCUACUAUUUCCCUAGCCUGGAUUCAAACACCACUACAUCGUCUCAAGACAUUUUUUGCAAAUAGAGUGGGAAAAAUACAACAACUGACGCAGAACAACAAAUGGCAGCAUGUUUCCUCCACUUUAAACCCCGCAGAUGCGAUAUCAAGAGGACUAGUUCCAGAACAACUGAUUGACAACCAUUUAUGGUGGAAUGGACUAACUUUCCUUCAAGAACUGCCUGUUUCUGUGAACUCUGCUGACCAACAAAUGAUUGAUGCAUCUCAAGAUUCUCAAUUUUUAUUGGAACUCAAGGACAAUACCACUCAUACCUUAGUGACUUUAAAUUCAGAUUUCCUUACUAACUUUUUCAAAAUUAGUUAUAGGUAUGACAAAUUAAUACGUGUUUUCAGUUUUCUCCUCAGAUUUCUAGGAAACUGCAGAAACAAGAAGAUGAAGGGUUCACUCUCCUCAAAGGAAAUCGAGGAAGCAGAAUUUAAAUUAAUUCCCCUUGUACAACAAAAUGUUCUUGCUGAUGACUUCAAAAACUUAGCAAGUGGUAAACAGGUAAACCCUUCUAGCAAAUUAAAAAGUUUAUCCCCUUUUUUAGAAGAAGGUUCUAAUGUAAUUAGAGUAGGAGGCAGACUUAGAAAUGCCGACAUACCAUUUCAGGUAAAAUUUCCUAUUAUUUUACCUAAAACUCAUAUCCUUACUAAAUUAAUUAUGCAAAGUAUUCAUCUUAAAAAUGGUCAUAUUGGAGCCCAAACUUUACUUCAUUUAGCUAGACAGAUGUAUUGGCCCAUUGGGGGCAGAGAUAUAGCUCGCAUUGGUAGACCUAUUUCCGCAAUUGUUGAACCAAAUUUAACAGAUUUUUCUGAUAAUGCCUUGAAACGUUGGCAAAGGUGCGAAGCGCUGCUACCCACGAUCAGUGAUGGUGAGUUCUGGAUUGGUAAUUUUGCUGGAGUGGAUGAGGUCUGGGGCUUGAGUGGACAAUUGUUGGUAGGAAGCGGGUCCAAUUCGGGUGGAUUUCCAGAGGAGGAUGACGAUAACGCGAUUUGGCGAUUAUGGAGCACCCGCUUCGCGAAGCGAGGCUAUGUCCUUCCUUACAACAGUUAA